UCAAUUCCAUUGGUCAACAGUUCACAAAGGAAAAGACCAUCAGUGAUUGGUCAACGAGUUAAAAAAUUAUCGUGAGUGUAGUAAUCUAUGCAUGACUAUUUAAAGCGUGUUCUUUAAACUAAAUUUAAUUUGGAUAACUUCCGACUGUGGACAACAUGGCUAAAGAGCAUGUUAAACUGUUUUAUUUUAAUGCACGUGCACGUGGAGAAGCCAUUCGAAUGGUUUUUGUAGUGGCUGGAAUCGAGUUUGAAGACGAAAGGAUAUCAUUUGAAAACUGGCCUAAGAUGAAGCCGUCAAUACCUGGAGGCCGUCUGCCUGUAGUGAAGAUCACUGAGAAAGAUGGGAAAGAGAAAUGGUUGUCAGAGAGUUUGGCCAUUGCACGUUUCUUUGCGAAGAAGAAUGGUAUGAUGGGUAGCACGGAUGACGAGUACUAUAGUGUUGAGAAGCUAAUCGGUCAGGUGCAAGAUGUUGAAAGUGAAUAUUACAAGACCUUGAUGAAACCAGAAGAUGAGAAAAUAAAAAUCAUCAAGGAGAUAUUUAGUGGAAAAGUUCCCACUCUUCUAAAUGCAAUCUGUGAAUCCCUGAAGGAAUCGAAAGGCAAAUUAGCUGUGGGUGACCAUGUGACUUUGGCUGAUUUGGUAUUGAUUGCAGCCAUCGAUCACGUGACUGACUUGGACAAAGGAUUCAUGGACGGUAAAUAUCCUGAGAUCCAUAAACAUCGAGAGAAUCUCCUGAAAAUUUCACCGAAAUUGGCUAAGUAUUUAUCAGAAAGGCCUGCAACUGCAUUCUAAGCGUCGGAAUGAUAAAUUGAAGGUAACGAGGAAGGCAGAUAAAAUAUGCAGCCUAGUAGUUUUACUUUUGUUUCAAGAUAUACUGGUCUUUGAUUUUACUUAAUUUUUAUUUUCAUUAAUAAUAAUGUUUCUAUUAAAUAAACACUUCUUAUUCCUGAAUACUGUCUCAAUGCUUUACAAUGAAAAGACAUUUUCAGUUAGGAGACGAAAGUGUCCGUGUUUCAUAGGUUGGUGAAGACUGAAGUUAA